GGAUAAACAGGAAGCGUGUGCAUAAUAGGAGCCAUGUGUGAGGGGCGGCGCUCCGCUCUCCUCCCGGUCUACGUCUCUGGCCGCCGUGGCCUCAGGAUACUGUAGGUGAGGAGCGGUGUGUGUCAGUGUGUGACAUGAACAGUGAACCUGAGGAGAAACUUCUACACGACGCCCGAAAUGGAAACCUGGAUGGCGUCCGGGCACUUCUAGAAGGCUACAGAAAAGGACAGAUUACAGUGAAUAUAGAUUGCAAAGGUAAAAGCAAGUCUAAUAUGGGAUGGAUGCCUCUUCAUCUUGCAUGUUAUUUUGGACAUCGGGAGGUGGUAGAAGAUUUAUUGAAGGCUGGAGCUGACAUCAAUGUUCUAAAUGACAUGGGGGAUACUCCUUUACACCGAGCUGCUUUUACUGGGCGUAAGGAGCUGGUGAUGUUGUUGCUGGAGUCCAAUGCAGACACCACUGUGAUAAAUGGAGAGGGUGAAACCGCCGUGGAUGUGGCCCAAGACAAAGACAUUAAAACCAUGUUGGAAGCUGCACAACGGACACAAGAAAGAAAACAGGAAGAGGUACUUCUGACAACUGCUAGAGAAGGAAAUAUUGCAAAAUUAUCAGAAUUGCUAAACAGAGCUAAGCCUCCUAACAUUAACUGCACUGACCAGAUGGGUAACACGCCUCUGCACUGUGCUGCAUAUAGAGGGAUGAAGCAGUGUGCCUUAAGACUUCUUAAAAGCGGAGCAGAUGUAAAUAUCAGGAAUAAAAACAACCAGAAGCCAAUAGACCUAGCCCAGCGUAUAGAAAUAAAGCAAGUUCUACAAGGCAAGACUGGAAAGUAUAUCGUGAAGAACCUCCAGAGAUUUGAAGGCCCGUUAUGCAAGAGCUCACGCUUCUUUGGGUGGAAGUUCUUUUGGGUGGUUCUCGAGCAUGGCGUUAUGUCUUGGUUUCAGAAACAGUCAGAUGCAUUAAACAAUGUGUAUCGGCAAGGCUGUAAGCACCUGACGCAAGCCAUUUGCACGGUAAAGUUAUCAGACAGCGUUUCUUUCUCAGUAAAAUGCUUUGAUGACAGCAUCCACAAUUUCAAAGUUUUUUCCAAAAACCUUAGGCAUACAAGGGAGGACUGGCUGGCCGCCAUUGAGGAGCAUUCAGCUUAUAGCACUUACUACUGUUCACAAGAUCAGCCCAGUGACGAUGAAGAUGAAGACCUGGUGCUUGCAGGCGACAUAAAGGAGUCUCUCGAGAAUGCUCAGCUCAGUCAUCAGAGACUGGAUAAGGAAAUUUCCAGAUUUCUUACUGACUUGGAGGAUUUAAAAGAUAUCGACCCAGUUACUCUGCAACAAAUAAAAAACAUAUCUGAUGCAUCCCAAGAAACCUGCAGAGCUUUAGCAGACUGUCUACUUCUCUUCACCCGACAUGAACAGGCGAGAAAUCUGAAACUAGAACACGAGCAGGAGAGAAGUAAGAUCUUAUCAGAGGCGUUACAGACGUUGGCUACAGAACACCACGAAUUAGAGCAGUCUCUUGUUAAAGGGACACCUCCUCACCACUUUAUUCUCAGCGAGGAUGAAUUCUAUGAUGCCAUCUCAGAUUCAGAGUCUGGUCAUUCCUUGAGUGGAUUUGAGACAGUUGGAAAUUCUUCCGUAGAAGAAAGUCAGGAUUUUAACUUCCAGAAACAAGCCGACAUGUCAGAUGACAAGAAACCCGGAGGAGGAGAGGGCACUUCUAAUGGCAUUAAAAAGCACAGAACAACUUUGCCGUCCCCAAUGUUUUCUAGAAAUGAUUUCAGUAUUUGGAGUAUAUUAAGAAAGUGCAUUGGAAUGGAAUUAUCCAAGAUCACGAUGCCUGUAAUUUUCAAUGAGCCGUUGAGCUUUCUACAACGCCUUUCAGAGUAUAUGGAGCACACCUAUCUCAUCCAUAAGGCAAAUCAAUGUACAGACCCCAUAGAAAGAAUGCAGUGUGUUGCUGCCUUCGCUGUCUCAGCAGUUGCAUCACAGUGGGAACGUACAGGGAAACCAUUUAACCCUCUUCUUGGAGAAACAUAUGAGUUAGUUCGUGAUGAUCUUGGAUUUAGACUCAUUUCUGAACAGGUCAGCCACCAUCCGCCGAUUAGUGCUUUCCAUGCAGAAGGUCUUUCUAAUGACUUUGUAUUUCAUGGAUCAAUCUAUCCAAAACUGAAAUUUUGGGGGAAGAGUGUUGAAGCAGAACCCAAAGGAAUAAUAACACUGGAACUCCUAAAGCACAACGAGGCUUAUACAUGGACAAACCCUACUUGCUGUGUACAUAAUAUAAUUGUCGGGAAGCUGUGGAUUGAGCAGUACGGCAAUAUGGAAAUCACUAAUCAUAAGACUGGUGAUAAAUGCAUUCUAAGUUUCAAGCCGUGUGGUCUGUUUGGGAAGGAAUUACACAAAGUGGAAGGAUACAUUCAGGAUAAGAGGUGUGUUUCUCUUGUGCAUUAUUUCAAAUACAGCAAAAAGAAGCUUUCUGCUCUCUAUGGAAAGUGGACAGAGUGUCUCUAUACUGUUGAUCCUGUUUCAUUUGAUACGUUUAAAAAAAAUGACAAGAAAAAUGGAGAUGAUAAGAAAAACCAGUCCAGAAGUACUGAGGAGCCUGAUGAAAUGCCAUUACCAGACUCGGAAAGUGUACAGGUUAUCCCUGGGAGUAGACUGAUGUGGCGAAUAGCCCCUCGACCAUCCAAUUCUGCACAGAUGUAUAACUUCACCCACUUUGCUAUGGCAUUGAAUGAAUUUGAUAAGGGAAUGGAAAAGAUAAUGCCCAAGACAGAUUGCAGACUGCGCCCUGAUAUAAGGGCAAUGGAAAAUGGCGAUAUUGACACAGCCAGUGAAGAAAAGAAGAGAUUAGAAGAAAAACAAAGGGCUGCUCGAAAGAAUCGCUCAAAGUCAGAUGAAGACUGGAAAACAAGGUGGUUUUAUCAAGGCCCUAAUCCACACAACAAUGCACAGGACUGGCUAUACUGUGGGAAGUACUGGGACAGAAAUUACACAAGCCUACCAGAUAUCUAUUGAUAGUGGCGCGCUGCCAUGAUGGGGGUCUUUUCAGCUGUAUGAAAUGUAGAUUUGCGUGCCCUGACUUCAUACAACUUGCACCUUUUAAAACCCUAUAGCAUUUAAUUUAACAAUCCUUUUUGUAAAGGAAAGCAAGCAAUAUGUGAUGCAACUUUCCGAGUUGUCAUAGACACCAGUAGGAAUGCCGGCAGAUGAUACAUAUUCAUGUCUAGGAUCUGACAUUUAUGUGAAAGAAAUAUCUAUAUCUUGAAAAAUAAACAUUAUUUUGAUAAGCCUGAAAAAUGUUCAAUGCAUGACGAAUGUCAGAAUAUUCUCCCUCAGAAUUCAAGCAAGUGCAGGAGAAAUCGACACAAAAACCUAAUAAAAAGCAGUGAUGGCUUUGUGGCUGUCCACACGCAAAGUGGCAAUAUGAUCUGACUAUAAAAAAUUUACAGAUACAGGACUAUUGCAUUUUGAGGGCCUCUCUGGGCUUUUCUGAACAUCCGGCAGCCUUCUGACCUGAGGAGGCAAGAUGGUUUCCUCAGUAUUUACCCCUCUGUCACAGCUUCAAUCCCAUUCACAUGACCCCCUGGUCUGUCUGCAGGCUCGAGUCUUCCUGUUCAGCAGCGUAUUGUAAGUGGAAGUCAUCUUCACAGGUCAGAAGGCUGCCGGAUUUUCAGAAAUGCACAGAGAACCCCUUUAAGGAAAGCAUUCCAAUUUCAUUGUGUAUAUUGUAUACAUGUAUUUUUAAGCAAUUCCCAUUGUCUAUAGAGGGAAAUAAAACAGAAUUUCGGGAAUACCUACCGCUAUUUACAUCAUGUUUGUCUUGGAUAUUUAACUGUAAUACAACUAAUAUGAAAACCUCAAAUACCAUCAUCUAUAGUCAACAUGCUUUUUAGUUUGAUUGUAAAUGUGACCAUUUAGGGGGUAACUUAUCAAUCUGAAAUACGCCUAAAUUAGUACAGUCCGCUACCUCUUCAUAACUCUGACUUAGGGGUUUAUUCAGACUGGUGUCUAAAACGCUGAUCUUAAUAAAUGUGCCCCUUAAUUUUAGAUUGACAUAUUUAGGCCAUCUAGGUCAUAUAUUGCCUUUCUUCAUAGCACCACAUCUGUUUUAAAUCUCCAGUAAUUUCUUGUAUGCCCAAUUAGUACAUUAAAGGGGUUUUCCAAGACUUUUAUACUGAUAACCUAUCCUCUGGAUAAGUCAUCAUUAUCUAAUUGGUGGUGUCCGACACGCCAGGCUCCCCGCCGAUCAGCUGUUUGA